UUUCAGUUCCCUUUGGAUGUGCUGCUAAGUGGUAUAUUUUACAAUACCCACUUUUAAAAAACACACGAUUAAAAUCACAAAGUCAUUUAAAUACUUCACAAUUAAUUAAAAAACAAAUAAUUAAGCUUUGUCACAUUGAAGGUGCUGUAGAUUUUCUAGAAUGGGAGUAUGGAAAUACUUGUCAACAUUUAUGCGGUGGAAUUGGUGAAUACAUAUCUAGUUGUUCAAAUUAUAAUUUAGCUAAUAACUUACGAAAUGGAAAUGAUAUGCAUCAUUGUUCUGUUCAU